GCGGCGCCCGCCCUCAGCAGCCCGAGCGGCUUCUUCUGAGGCGGCGGUUGAGGCAGCGCCCGGUGUUUUGGUCGCGGUCUGUGCAGCGGCAGGCUGCUCCCGUCCCGGCCGGCGGGGCGGCCGUCCAGCCCCUCGGGCCGGCAGGCGAUGGUGCGGUGGAGUGCGCGGACGCGGGCGGCGUGGCGGCGGGUAUGAAGGAGGAUGGAAGGGCAGGACGAGGUGUCGGCGCGGGAGCAGCACUUCCACAGCCAAGUGCGAGAGUCCACGAUCUGUUUCCUUCUCUUUGCCAUUCUCUACAUUGUCUCCUACUUCAUCAUCACAAGAUACAAGAGAAAAUCAGAUGAGCAAGAAGAUGAAGAUGCCAUAGUCAACAGGAUUUCGUUGUUUCUGAGCACGUUCACUCUAGCAGUUUCAGCUGGGGCAGUUUUGCUUUUACCCUUCUCAAUAAUCAGCAAUGAAAUCCUGCUUUCUUUUCCUCAAAACUACUAUAUUCAGUGGCUAAAUGGCUCCCUGAUUCAUGGUUUGUGGAACCUUGCUUCUCUCUUUUCCAACCUUUGUCUAUUUGUGUUGAUGCCCUUUGCCUUUUUCUUUCUGGAAUCAGAAGGUUUUGCUGGCCUGAAAAGGGGAAUCCGAGCCCGAAUUUUAGAAACUCUGGUCAUGCUUAUUCUUCUGGCCUUGCUUACUCUCGGGAUAGUGUGGGUAGCCUCGGCGCUCAUUGACAAUGACGCUGCGAGUAUGGAAUCUUUAUAUGAUCUCUGGGAGUUCUACCUACCUUAUUUAUAUUCCUGUAUAUCAUUGAUGGGAUGUUUGUUACUUCUCUUGUGCACUCCAGUUGGCCUCUCCCGCAUGUUCACAGUCAUGGGGCAGCUGUUGGUGAAGCCAACAAUUCUUGAAGACCUGGAUGAACAAAUUUAUAUUAUUACCCUAGAGGAAGAAGCACUUCAGCGACGACUAAAUGGACUGUCUUCAUCAGUGGAACACAAUAUAAUGGAGUUGGAACAAGAACUUGACAAUGUAAAGACUCUUAAGACAAAAUUAGAGAGGCGCAAAAAGGCUUCAGCAUGGGAAAGAAACUUGGUGUAUCCUGCUGUUAUGGUUCUCCUUCUUAUUGAGACAUCCAUUUCGGUCCUCUUGGUGGCUUGUAAUAUUCUUUGCCUGUUGGUUGAUGAAACAGCAAUGCCAAAGGGAACAAGGGGGCCUGGAAUAGGAAAUGCUUCUCUUUCUGCUUUUGGUUUUGUGGGAGCUGCACUUGAAAUCAUUUUGAUAUUCUAUCUUAUGGUGUCCUCUGUUGUUGGUUUCUAUAGCCUCCGAUUUUUUGGAAACUUUAUUCCCAAGAAGGAUGACACAACGAUGACAAAGAUCAUUGGGAAUUGUGUGUCAAUCUUGGUCUUGAGCUCCGCACUGCCUGUUAUGUCAAGAACACUGGGAAUCACUAGAUUUGAUCUACUUGGAGACUUUGGAAGGUUUAAUUGGCUGGGAAAUUUCUAUAUUGUGUUAUCCUACAAUUUGCUUUUUGCUAUUAUGACAACAUUGUGUCUGGUCAGAAAAUUCACCUCUGCUGUACGAGAAGAACUUUUCAAGGCCCUAGGGCUUCAUAAACUUCACUUAUCAGAUACUUCAAGGGAUUCAGAAACCACAAAGCCUUCUGCAAAUGGGCAUCAGAAAGCACUGUGAGACCCACAGCACCGCUCUGCAAUCAAGAGCCUGAGCACCCCAAACUUGUGACAUUCCCGUCAGUCAGGGAUGUUUCCUGCUGACUGUGGUCCAUGUUUACGGCCUGGGCCUGUCAGUGUCGUUUUCAUAAUCUAAGAGCUCGGCUGUUGCAGGUCUUCUUCUUUUUAUUUACCUUUGGGGCGGCCCUUGUAGUUCCCAGCCAGGUGCAGCCUCCUCAGGGCGGCACGUCUUCUGGGGCCAUGUUUGCUUGCAUCAGUUAUGCGCCCAUAUGAGAGUGUUAGAAAAGGCCAACUUUGGGGCUUUCUAAGGAUUCACUUAAAUCUUGUUAUAUAUUCCAUUCAAAACGAAUUCCAUUCAUGCCGUACAUGAAAGGGCAUCCUUGGUACUUAGAUGUGAAAUUUCUGCAAAAAAGGAAAGUUUAUAGAUGAUAUUGCAGUGGGUACAUUGGAACUGUAAAUGGUUGCAAAUUAUAUUUUUCACUUCCUUAAAGAAAAAACAAAAGCAUAGUUCUGAUUUAUGUUACAGAAUGAUAUUGAUUGGACUUUGAGUCAAGGGAAAAAUACAAAAUUCUUUUAAAACCUGAGCCUUGGUAGGAUGCCACAGGAAUACCUCCUACUGUCCCGUGGAAUAAGCUGUGGUAGGAAGUAUUAUGUAAUCAUACUUCUCUGACAGUUUAUGUGCAUAUAAUUCAAUAUUACCUCUCAUAACAUAGUUGCCAGUGUUGCAUACACUUGUAACUUAUAUUUUGCCUUAUAGGCUAUAUGUACACUCAGUUUUUUUUAAACAUUUUUUUCAGAAAUCCCUUAAUUCCCUGUGUCCAUUAUGAACUAUAAAUGCUCUGUGGUAGACACCCCUUCUGUCGCCACAGUCUUCAGGCUUUGACCACUUCUGUACAUGCCAAUUUAAACAUCAGACUUACGAAUGUUACCAUUCAACACCCAAAACACACAGCAUCAGCAUUCAUGAUGUAAGAAAAGUUUUGCCGUGUAUCGUGGUCUGAUGAUCAUUCAGUUAUUAAAUUGUAAAUAAUUCUUGGGAUGGGUUCUUGACUUAAGUCCACUGAAUAAAAGCUAUAACAUUAUACUCCGUGUUACCAUCCACUAGGAUCGAGUACCAGAAAUUGUGCAUGCAAAAAUAGCACAUGGGUCCACUUGCACACAGUUCAUAUCAUGCAGCCUCUGUAAACACAUAUGUUCAUAUGCGCUGUGUGUUUGGCAACAGGUUGUGUUCAGACAAAAGUAAAAGAACAGUUUUCUCAAAUUGUUGAAUUUAAAGGGUUUUUUUGGAGAAAUUUAUGAAAAACAGGCUAUAUAUAUUUUGACAUCAAAAAUUUCCACUUAGAUCCAAUAUAAUAAGAGAAAGUAACCCAAAGCUCCAUUAUGUAUACUUCUCCUUUAUUUAUACCUCUGCAUUUCCUUCUGAGCUUCUUUUCCUGUUAAAAUGCAGCUUAGUUUUAAAAUAAAAGAACAUUUUGUGAUUCUAAACAACACUCAGUAAAUACCACCAGUCUAGUAUGGGUGAAUUUCUCAGCAUAAGAUCCACAUACUGAGAAAAUGAAUAAAAAUUGGCUGCUUUCUAAUUUUACUGGUAAUUAUACCUAUUUAAGUGUUAAUUGCAAGUUUUGAUUUUUACUGAAACUUGCUUGCUUUGAGCAGACCAGGUCAAGGGGAGAAGAGAAAGGAAUUCCUUUAAAUAAAAGAAUAUCACUUCUAACUUACACUAAUUUCAGGGCAGACAUCCAGAGGAAGAGCUUCUGGGUAUUUGUAAGAUGUCUGAAAAUUUUUGAGUAAAAUAUUAAACUUUUCAAUGUCUGUAUCAACUCUUUGUUCAUUUGAAAGUUUCUUUCCAUCAAGAGGACUUAAGCCAGGUUUGGAUUAGUAAGGAGUGAAAUGUAUUAUAAAUUCCUGAAGCUCUUACUGGAUGCUUCUUCACUGCUGUGUGGAGCAGAGGGACGGUUUUGAACCUUGGGUGCCAGAUGCCUUCUGUGGAAGCAAAUAUAGGUUGUCACAUCCUCGGUCUGCACGUAAUGACAACCACCUGAGGCUCUAGCAACACCUGGUGCAUUCCGGGUCACAAGCACAGUCCUCCUCUUGAGGGAGACACUUACUGUAAAUGCAGGCGCUUCUCCUGCAUGCACGCUGGAGGCUGGCAUGUGCACCUGUGGCAGAGGUGGCUGCGGCGCACUGAGACCGAGCACUGGAGGACCGGUAAGGACAGACAGGCACCCGUGAGCUUCCUGUUACCGCAGUUGUGAGUGCAGUGGAGGGCGAGCACGAGGCCUCAGGUCCGAGGUCCCGGUGCCGGCGGUCGGACGGGCCUGAAACUGCCUUCCUUCUAAGUGGGUGGGGUACAUCACUGACUGCGUUAAAUCAAAUGCUCCUUUUAUUUUUUCUCACCACUGGGGUCUAUUUUAAAAGGGCAUUAGGCACUGCAAUCACAAAGUUUCUUGAGGAGACUGGGCCAAUUCUUAUCAUUCAUUGGUUCUACAGUAUGUAAAUAAAUUAUUUUGAAGUUAUAAAUUUUACAGAUUAUAAUGUUUGUAAUGAUUUUUACUGAUUUUCCAAGAUAUUUCUUAGAUUUAAAAUUUGUUUAGCUUUAUAUACAUUCUGUGUAAAAAUAGACCUGCUGUAAAUAUGAGACUUUAUGUGAAAAUUACACACACACACACACACACACAGGUUAGCACCUUCAGUGCCACGCUGAGGGGCUGACAGUGGAUGAGAAUGAAACCUUCCUGGUGGUUCUGAGUCUCGGGUGUGUCAAAGGUGCAUAUAUACCUGACCUUCGGGGCACCGACUUCUGCCUGGUUUUCUGGAGCAGUCGGCCUCCCUGUGGCCUCUGUAACCGCCUUAUUUGCCAGCAACACAGGCUUACAUCGUGUGAAAGCCCUAGGUGGCUUUCUAUGUUGUUAGCACAGUAUUUAGUAUAUAAAGGCAGAGUUCUUAAAAUAAUUUUUUUUAAAGUAUGAGGAUACAUGCAGUACUGACUUUUUAAACUUUUAAAAAAUUGGUAUGAUGUUACUUUAAAAAUAAUGUUUGGAUGCACUGGCAAAUUAUUUUUGUUUACAGAGUGUUUUGUUUACAGGUUAUCAGUCUUGUUUCUAUGAGAUACUUUUAGUGUGACUUUUUAAAUGUCUCAGAAAUUAAAGUUUUACAAAAAGUGAUUUCAUAUUUUGGUUUACAAGUACUCAAAUGUGUUUUUUAUUUUUAAUCUUAAAUACCAUCAUGGCUAAAACUUAAGGGCGUAUAUAGGUUAUUUUCAUUUCAGUUUUAUAAAGGGCAAUAACUAUUCUUAUGGAAUGUUGAAUUGAGGGAGGAGUGGAUAUUUUCUCUCCUUUUUGUUGGGGAGUUUUUGAUGGAUCAAUUUCUUGCAACCUAAAAUGUAGCAUCAAUAAUUGAAAUCAUGUAUGUUGUUUCUUUGACUUAUUUAGGUUUGAUUUCUCUAAUUUCUUCCAUUGAAGGACUGAGCCAUA